CCAAAGUCAGUUCCGCGUCGAACGAAAUACGAAUGAUUUUGUUGAAAUUAGCGAGGGCCCCGCUUUAUGGAACACUACGAAAUCUGAAGAUGAGCAGCUCUGUGGCCGCCAUUGCCUCGGCCACGGAUCCGUUGACGGGCCCCAAGUACGAGCGAGAACCGAAUGUGCUGCGCAAGAAGCUGGCUUCGGUGGUGCCCGGCACGGUGAACCUUCAGGUGCUCGGCGCCGGGGCCAACGGUUCCCCCAGUGCCGUCUAUCUGUUCACGGACCAGUCCCGCUACCUGUUCAACUGCGGCGAAGGCACCCAGCGGCUGGCCCACGAGUACAAGACGCGGCUGUCGCGCCUGGAGCAGAUCUUCGUGACACGCAACACGUGGGCGGCUGUGGGCGGUCUACCUGGCCUGGCGCUAACGAUUCAGGAUGCCGGCGUGCGUAGUGUGGGCCUGCACGGGCCGUCGCACCUCUCCACUAUGCUGCAGUCGAUGCGGCGCUUCGUCGUGCUCAAGAAUCUUCAAAUGCAGACGGUCGACUGCACCGCCGGCAGCUGCUUUGAGGACUCCAUUCUGAAGGUGACGUCCCUGCCGCUGGAUAGCGUGGAGAACCCUGAGAAGACCGUAAUCAACUACAUCUGCCAGCUGAAACCUCGUCCGGGUGCCCUCAACUUGGUCAAGUGUGUUGAGAAGGGCGUCCCGCCAGGCCCGCUACUGGGGCAGCUAAAGAACGGCCAGGACAUCACACUCCCCGAUGGCCAGAUAGUUCGAUCCGUGGAUGUCACGGAGCCUGGCGAAACGGCGCUCUCUUUUGUGUUCCUGGAUGUGCCCUGCGAGGAUUACCUUCCCGGUCUGCUUUCCCAUGCCAAGACCAUCAAAGAUCUGGGCGAACAGCAGCUCACUGAGGUGUGCUUGGUGGUGCACUUUACGCCGCACGAAGUCUCCACCUGCCAGAAAUAUCAGAAAUUUCUGCGAAACCAUUUCUCGCCAGGCACGCAGCAUAUCUACCUGAGUUCCCCGCACAAUCAAUUCUCCGGCUAUGCGGCCGCCCACCGUAUCCAGCAUCAGCUGCACCAGCUGGCUCCUCGGAUAUUUCCCCUCCUGGGAGAGCAGUUCCCCUGCCAGAGUCAGAAUCUUAGCCUGAACCUGAAGAAAACCAAGCUGGAUGAGGCAGAUCCCGAAGGCGGGGUUGAUGCAAGCACAGAAACGGAGCAGGGCGUGGUGUCUAUGACGAGCUUCCAUCUGCGUCCCAAAAAGGGACUGGACCAAACCCUGGCGGCCAAGCUUACACCAGAGGAGUACGUCAAGGAGACUCAUGCCGUGCCCGGCUUUACGGAGCUGCUGGCUAAGCUAAAGGCGGAAACCGACUUCCCAUCGUCCGCCGCCAGCAGCUACCCAAGGAUCAUCUUCCUGGGCACGGGCUCCUGCAUUCCCAACAAGACGCGCAACGUCAGCUCAAUUCUGAUCCAGACUGCGGCGGAGGCCUUCAUGUUGCUCGACUGCGGCGAGGGAACCUAUGGACAGAUUGUGCGCCUAUACGGCAGCGCUAGGGCCGUAGAGGUACUCCGCCAGCUGCAGGCUGUGUACGUGUCCCACCUGCACGCGGAUCAUCACAUUGGAUUGAUUGGACUGCUAAGGGAGCGCAGACAGCUGGCCCCGAAGGCAACUCCGCUUCUCCUACUUGCGCCGCGCCAGAUCGAGCCAUGGCUGGAGUUUUACCACCGCCAGAUCGAGGAGAUUGAGGAUGCGUACACUUUGGUGGGCAAUGGAGAUCUCUUGGCGGGUCCCCUGACUGGAGAGGCAGUGGAACCAUUGGGCAUAACUGCCAUUGCCACCUGCCUGGUCAGGCACUGUACCAACUCCUUUGGCGUGAGCCUCACCCUGAAGGCGCAUCACGAUGGCGAGCCCGUCAAGAUCACCUACAGCGGCGACACCAUGCCUUGCCUGGACCUGAUUGAGCUGGGGCGCAACUCUACAGUUCUCAUUCACGAGGCCACCAUGGAGGACGACCUGGAGGAGGAGGCGCGCAUCAAGACGCACAGCACCAUCUCCCAGGCCAUCCAGCAGGGACGCAACAUGGGAGCCAAGCACACAAUCCUCACCCAUUUCUCGCAGCGCUACGCCAAGUGCCCGCGACUACCCAGCGUGGAGGACAUGCAACAGGUGGCCAUCGCCUUCGACAACAUGCAGGUGACUCUGGAAGACCUCCAGGAGUACCACAAGCUCUAUCCCGCGCUUCUGGCCAUGUAUGCAGAGUACACCGAGGAACUGGAACAGCGGGCUGUCAAGCGAGAGCUCAAGCAGGAGCGAAAACGGAAGUUGGCCCAAACGUGAUUGAAAGGUAACUCUAGCAGGAAAAAUGGUGGAAGUAUUUACUGAGCUACUGUUAAACUAAUCUUAAGGAAAUAGUGAGUAAACCUCUGUCAUCAGGUGGUAUAAUUCUGUGGCCUGUUAAAUGUAACCCAAAUCAAGAAUAUAUUUAUUGUAUAUACUCUGAAA